AUGGCGGACCUCGUUGACCACUCCCCCCACCAACCCACCAGCGCCGCCAAAUUGGCCAGUGCUUCCAAUGUCAUUCUGAUCGAUAACUACGACUCAUUCACCUGGAAUGUCUAUCAAUACUUGGUACUUGAAGGUGCUACUGUUACCGUCUACCGCAAUGACCAGGUCACCGUCGAGGAUUUGAUUUCGAAGAAGCCUACCCAACUGGUUAUCAGUCCCGGCCCCGGCCACCCAGAGACCGACGCAGGAAUCAGCAAUGCUGCAAUCCAAUACUUUAGUGGGAAGAUCCCUAUUUUUGGUGUCUGCAUGGGUCAACAGUGCAUGAUCACUUCCUUUGGUGGCAAGGUGGAUGUUACCGGCGAAAUUCUUCACGGAAAGACCUCGGUUUUGAAGCAUGACGCUAAGGGUGUCUACCAGGGACUGCCAACCUCACUCUCCGUCACUCGGUAUCAUUCUCUAGCUGGAACCCACUCCACUGUCCCCGAGUGCAUGGAAGUCACCUCGUGGGCUGAAUUGGAGGAUGGCAGCGGCAAGAACGUUAUCAUGGGCGUGAGGCACAAGGAACUUACCGUGGAGGGUGUUCAAUUCCACCCGGAGAGUAUUCUGACUGAGUAUGGACGCACUAUGUUCAGAAACUUCCUGACUCUCACUUCUGGUACUUGGGACAAAACCCAGACCGCUACCCUCGCUGCACCGGUGGAAAAGAAGCUCUCUAUUUUGGACAAGAUCUAUGCUCAUCGCAGAAAUUGUGUUGCUGAGCAAAAGAAGGUCCCUGCCUCGCGUCCAGAAGCUCUUCAGGCAGCAUACGACCAAAACAUUGCGCCCCCUCAAAUCUCUUUCCCUGCUCGACUGAGGCAAUCAGACUACCCCCUCUCCCUCAUGGCGGAGAUCAAACGUGCAUCGCCUUCAAAGGGUAUUAUCUCGGACAAUGUGUGCGCUCCUGCCCAGGCAAGGGAGUAUGCUAAGGCUGGAGCUAGUGUCAUCUCCGUCCUUACCGAGCCGGAAUGGUUCAAAGGCACGAUUGAUGAUCUGCGGGCUGUUCGCCAGAGCUUGGAGGGACUUACUAACCGACCGGCUGUCCUUCGAAAGGAGUUCGUUUUCGACGAAUACCAGAUUCUGGAAGCACGUCUGGCCGGUGCUGAUACUGUUCUACUUAUUGUGAAGAUGCUCGACCUCGAGCUCUUGACUAGGCUGUAUCACUACUCUCGUAGUCUUGGCAUGGAACCUCUGGUUGAAGUGAACACCCCGGAGGAGAUGAAGAUUGCCGUGGAUCUUGGAUCCCAGGUGAUUGGCGUCAACAACAGAGAUCUGACAAGCUUCGAAGUCGACCUCGGAACCACAAGUCGCUUGAUGGAUCAAGUCCCUGAGAGCACAAUUGUAUGUGCUCUCAGUGGAAUUCUCGGGCCCAAGGAUGUGGAAUCAUAUAAAAAGGAAGGUGUUAAAGCGAUUCUUGUUGGUGAAGCUUUGAUGCGGGCCGAAAAUACCUCUGCUUUUGUUGCGGAGCUUCUUGGUGGUACCGACAAAGAUCUUGGGGGUGUCUCGAGCUCUCCGUUGGUCAAGAUCUGUGGUACUCGAUCUGAAGAAGCAGCCGUUGCCGCCAUCGAAGCUGGUGCAGACCUUAUUGGCAUCAUCAUGGUUCAAGGCCGUUCACGUCUAGUCCAAGAUGACGUGGCCCUCCGCAUCUCCCAGGUUAUCAAGUCGACACCCCGUCCAACUGCUAUUUCAUCGCAACAAUCAGUAAAGGCUACGCCAUUGGAGUGGUUCGAUCACUCUACUAAUGUCUUGCGUCAUCCCUCCCGUGCACUUCUUGUGGGUGUUUUCAUGAACCAGCCAUUGUCAUAUGUUCUUUCUCAGCAACAAGAGUUGGGACUCGAUGUCGUACAAUUGCAUGGCUCUGAGCCACUGGAGUGGGCCAGCUUGAUCCCAGUCCCAGUCAUCCGCAAAUUCGCACCUGGCGAUAUUGGCAUCGCACGCCGCGCAUACCACACUCUUCCAUUGUUGGAUUCCGGCGCAGGUGGCUCCGGUGAGCUCCUGGAAGAAUCCGGUGUUAAAAAGACUCUCGACAGUGACGAGGGCUUGCGCGUCAUCCUGGCUGGUGGCUUAAACCCGGACAAUGUGAUCGACACCGUGAAGAAGCUUGGCCAGUCUGGCCAGAAAGUAGUUGCCCUGGAUGUCAGCUCGGGUGUCGAGACUAACGGCGUCCAAGAUUUGGAGAAAAUCCGUGCCUUUGUGAAGGCAGCUAAAAGCAUUCGUUAA